AUGUGUUUUCCAUCAAUAACUAAAGGUAGAAGUUCUGCCAUGAAGCUGCUUGAACAGGAGGUGAGCAUCUCCAAGAGAGUGAAGCGUGAUUAUACAAUACACUUAGAAGAGAUAUUUGAGACACCAAAGCUGAUGCAUCUUGUAAUGGAGCUGUGUGAGGAUGGAGAGCUUAAAAAAAUUAUACGUAGUAAAAGCAUUUUACAGAAAAUUAGUGAAGGCAUAUCACUUAGUCUUGCUUCAGCAACAGCGUAUCUUCACAGAAAUGAAUCUGUUCACAGAGCUCUAAAACUGGAAAACAUUUUAGUUAAAAGCAGUGACAUCGAUGAAGCAAAUGAAAUGAAAUUAAACAUAAAGUCCACUUCCAUCUGCAGAAACCAUCGUGGCCAGCUACCCUUGCUUCAUGGCCUUGCUUUACAUAUGCAUUUGCAACAGCAACUAUCACACUCUACCAUCUCUCCUUCAAGGUGCGAGCAUUUUUCUUGGCCUCCAUCCUGUGAACGAGAACACGUCAUCAAGCACAACGGCAUCAUGCCUAGGACAGGCACCUCCGAAAUGUUCCCUGGUGCGGCCUUCCACCUGGGCAGUGAACACGUCAUAACUGCUUUCUGA